CCUGGAAAUUCUUCGAACAGUUCAACAAGUGAAAAGCAGUCGGAAUUAUUAAAAACACUGUGACCAUGUGAUAAAAACGUCAAAUCAAAGAGUUCUUCGAAAAUAAUUUCACCUGGCGUAUUCGCUUGAUGAAUUCAUCGCAUGUACUAAAUGAACAAUUAAAUAAAUAACAAUGGAAUUGCUGUCAGAGGAUCAGCGAUACAGAAUCGAGCAAGAGGAGUUCGUCUCAAACCAUGGGGGCAACUCCCCCAUGGAAAUAAUUUUCCUGAUGCUGCCAAACCUCUUCACCAUCAGUCUAACUCAUCUCGUGGUCUUGAAAUACUCGAGGAAAGUCUCUCAUAAUAUCCAAACGUCUAUCGAAUUCAUCCUGAAUGUCGUGCCCUGCGUCCUCUGCUGUACGAUCCUCUCAGAGUACACGAAAAUCGUCUCCAUCGUCCUGGUGAUAGCAUCAGUGCUGAUUUUCAGAAGUAUUCAUCAGCUCCCCAAGGAAAUUCGCCUGGAGAAAUCGACGAAGAGAAUUCCAUUCCUGACCCAUUUCCGAGCGCUCACCAACAUCAUCACAGCAAUCUGCAUUUUGGCCGUUGACUUCAGGGUCUUCCCCAGGAAAUUCGCCAAGACCGAGCUGUAUGGAUACAGUCUGAUGGACACCGGGGUUGGGCUUUUCGUAAUGGCAAAUGCCCUCGUGGCCCCUGAAGCCAGGGACUCUCUGGAUGCACCCAGAGGGAAUAUGAUGAGGAGACUCUCUGAGAAUGCCAGAGUCUGCCUCAAAGGAUCAGCUCCACUCCUGAUCCUCGGGUUUGGACGGUUUCUGGCUGUUGAAUAUUCGGGCUACCAGAAACAUGUAUCUGAAUACGGGGUUCACUGGAAUUUCUUCAUCACUUUGGCCUUCGUAAAGAUAUUCACCAGCACCAUAUCAAACGCCAUCAGCUCAAAAUUCGCUGGACUGACUGGACUCUGGAUCAUUAUAAUGCAUGAGUACGCAUUGAGCACAAAUGGACUGAAGGAGUGGGUGUUGGGAAAUACUCCGAGGGUUGAUUUCGUUUCUGCCAAUCGAGAGGGGCUUGUCUCGGUUCCUGGAUACGUUGGGCUCUAUCUCAUGGGAAUUGCUGUAGGAAGAGUCAUUCACAUGACGUACAACUCAUCCAGGAGGCAUGCCCUUUUCACCAAGUACAAGAGUCAUGGGUUUGAAUUUACGUGCAACAAAUUUCUUCUUGUUCUGGUCACCAAACUGUUUUUUAUGUCGUGCAUUUGUUGGGCUGUAACUUUAAUCUGUGAAUCGAGGUUUGGAGUUUCUAGGAGGCUCACUAAUGCUGGGUAUUGCUUCUGGAUUGUAGCACUCAGUGCUACUGUCAUCAACGGAUUGCUGCUGGUGGAUAUACAGGUAGACAUUGUCAUGCAGAUUGUCAGUGGGAGGAAGAAGGGCAGGAGUGAAAACAGAAGAGUUACUUUUGAGGAUAAUGAUGAGGGUGAGGGGGUGAGGAUUACACCCGAGAUUUUUGAGGCUGUUAAUUAUAAUGGACUUACUUUUUUUCUUCUUGCUAAUUUGAUGACUGGGAUUGUUAAUAUGAGUAUGCGAACUCUCUACGUGGAGGAUUUUAAUGCUCUUCUGGUGAUUAUUUUUUACAUUGUGGCGGUGGUUUUGGUUUCUGUGAUUCUUCACAGGUACAAACUUCAAGUGAAGUUGUAAUUGAAAAAUAUGUACAUCCUACAAAA